UUGAGCUUUACUUAAAAAGUGAAUAUGUAUAUUGGUCCAUAAAUGUUUGGAUUUACAUCAAUUUAGUUUGUCAAUUGACACUACCAAUCUAUAAAUUUGAUUCAAUUAAGACCAUAAUAGGGACUUGAUUGAAUAAAUUUUGAAUAGUGAUGUGAUUAAUUAAUAUGAAUAAUUUUUCGAAAAGACUUAAAUUUACAUUACUACUAUCAUUUGAGGUGCCAACAUUUGUAGAGUAAAGCUGAAAAGUUUAUAUGUUUCUUCAACAUUUCAUUUGCAGAUAUGACUACUCUGGAUAUGGAGCCUCGACCGGUAAGCCUAGUGAAUCCAGCACUUAUGCUGACAUAGAGGCAAUAUAUGAAUGCCUCGAAACCGAAUAUGGAGUUAGCCAAGAAGACGUGAUCUUAUAUGGACAAUCAGUUGGAAGUGGACCGACAUUGCAUUUGGCUGCUAAAUUGCCGAGAUUGAGAGGCGUCGUUCUACACAGUGGAAUUCUUUCGGGUCUUCGAGUUCUCUGUCAUGUGAAGUUCUCUUUUUGCUUUGACAUUUAUAAGAACAUCAACAAAAUAAAGAAGGUCAAGUGUCCUGUACUUGUAAUACAUGGUACAGAAGACGAUGUGGUCAAUUGGCUACACGGUAAUCGACUAUGGAAAAUGGCGAGGGAGUCCUACGAACCCUUAUGGAUCAAAGGAGGCGGUCACUGCAACUUAGAGCUUUACCCCGAUUACAUACGCCACUUAUGCAAAUUCAUUCAAGAAAUGGAGAAGAUGACAACCGAAAAGCGGCUCAAAAAGAUCCGGCAAAGUCUGAAUUCACAAUCGAUGUCGAACGCUUGUUGUUCCUUACGCACAUGCUGCACAAUGAAGUGUUGUUGUAGAUGCAAGUUACCUAAAUGCUCAAGCUGCAGCUGCAUAAAUUUUUCCUUGUCUCUAAAUUGUCCUGAUUGCUGCCGGAAUCCUAUUAGCUGCAUAAAAUGCUGUCGCUUACCAAAGUUCGCAAAUUGUUUUGGAUCAUCGACAUGCUGCACAAAAUGCUCAAGGCCUAGUUGUUGUUGUUGUUGUCUUCCAAAAUGUUCAUUGCCUUGUUGCUAUCCUAAAUGUGGAAGACCAAGUUGUUGCAUGAAUUGUUUCUGUUGGCAAUGUUUUAUGGGAAAACACAAUGGAAGAAAUGGAAAACAAAGAGGGUAAUGUUUUGGUUAUAACAUGUCAUGCAAUGUAUAUUUGCUAACACACCCUUUUAAUAUUGUGAAGUGGUGAAAUUCAGUAUCCUCUAUCAUCUUUUUUUUUUUUUAAGUUCUAUUAGAAUUCUUUACUCAUAAUCAUAAACACUGGUGUAUUAAUUAAGUUUUAAAGUAGUUGAAUUAUUUGUAUCUUUCAUUAUGUAGCAUUUUAAAGAUUUUGUCA